AUAAACUGUGUCUCUUCUCCUUAUCUGUCUGUGGGAUUCAGAACUAAGAUGGAGCAGUAUAGUAACCGUCUCUGCCAGUAUAAGAACUACAACUUUCUCUCCAAUAGCACAACUGCAGAGUACAUAGAAUCUCUUCAGAGUCUUGAAAUAAGACACAGCGAUGUCUUCCUCGUGUCUUAUCCAAAGUCAGCAGGCACCAUAUGGGGUCAGCAGAUCAUCACUUCUAUCUAUGAGCUGGAUGGGCAUGUGAAUGAAUAUUCUACCAACUCAGAGAAGAUGCCAUGGCUGGAGUUCACAGGGGGUGCAUACACUUGUCGCCCCUCUCCACGACUCUUCACAUCACAUUUCUCCCACGUUCUCAUGCCUCCAGGACUGAUGGACAAGAAGGCAAAGAUUGUGUAUUUGAUGAGGAAUCCAAAGGACAACAUGGUGUCUUAUUAUCACUUCAGCAAAGCCCUUGCAGACCUUGAGACUCCUGAGAGCUUUGCUCAGUUUUUCGAGUGGUACCUGACGGGAAACGUUUUUGCAUCAUCCUGGUUUGACCAUGUCAGGGAGUGGUAUUUAAACAGAGAGCAGUACAACAUCCUCUUCCUGACCUACGAGGAAAUGAUUUUGGACCUGAAAGCAUCAGUGAAGAAGAUCUGCAACUUCUUAGGGAUAAACCUGACUGAAGCCGCCAUCAGUCAAGUUGUGGAAAAAGCUAAGUUUGAGAACAUGAAGAAUGACUCGAAAGCAAACUUUGAGCAUCUUCCACCAGAGCAGUUCAGUGGGAAAUUCCUGCGUAAAGGUCAGAUUGGAAACUGGAAGAACACACUGACUGUUGCACAGAGUGAAAGAGUGGAUCAAGUCCUUCGGGAGAAACUUGGUGAUUUGCCUUUGAGCUUCAUCUGGGAAUAAGCAGAGCAGCUCUUCAGCGUCUCCCAGUAAAAAUACUGGCAGUGGCAUGUGGUACACCUCAGGCCUCCUAGUAGAUACACCUGUGUUAUCAAUUUGAAAAUCCUGUGUGGCUUCAUUCUCAGGUCAUCACAUUUACAAACUUGGGUGUCCACCUGUCCGUUCAUUAUGGUGACAAAAAUAUCCCAUCAGUGUUGUAAAAAAAGAAAAGAAAAUCAUAGUAGCUGUUAUUCAAAUACUAAGUAAAUUCAUUUUCUUCUUUUACAAAAAAAAUCAAACACAACCAACUUUUAGGGUGGAGAGCGUUACAAGUUUCAGACUUGUCCUUUGCAAACAUUUUCCUGAGUUUAUGUUCAGUCACUUGCUUCAGAUUAUAUUUGAGCAUCUUCUGCCUACUCUGCCCAUGAGCAAGCAGUUUUCAGUCACAUCCACUCCUCGUUUAUCCUCAUUUAUCAAGCUCAGUGUUGUGUCUGUUGUGUUCAGCUAUAAAAUGCUUUAUGACAUGUUUUGAACUCGAGUACAGGAAAUAAAACACAAGACAUUAAAAGUAGUUGUAUAAUCUGCUAUUGCCUUUAUUGAAUGUCAAAAGGAAUUCACUUGUUUCUCUGUGAAGGAUCAAGGCUGUUUUGGUCACUGAAGCCGACUCCACACUUCAAUUAUCAUCAUCUGAAAUGAAAAGGGUUCAACAUAAAUGCAAGAAAAAUCUGAUAUAUGAACACUCAAAAACCAAAGACACAAACUUUGGAAUUUAUAAUUAAAAAACAAAACAUAAGAAUGUGCAGACAAAUGCCUUUCUUCAUCCUGGAAUUGAAUCAUUUAAUUUAUAGCAUUUGAAAGAUGAGCUGUUAAAAAAAAACAAAAAAAAAACAUUAAAAUGUUUCUUUGAGGUUA